AUGACGCUAAUAACCCAAGGCGCCGAAGCCCACCUCUACAAAACCACCUUCCUAACCCCCCACCACCCCGCCGCCCUAAAAAUCCGCCCCUCGAAACCCUACCGCCACCCGAUUCUCGAUCGUCGAUUGACGCGUCAACGCGUCCUACAAGAAGCCCGGUGCUUGGCGAGACUUGUCAGAGAGGGAGUGAAUGUUCCGGCUGUGUUGGGGGUGGAUUGGGAUGUUAAUUCCAGUUCAAACAUAUCUUAUACUGGAGAUGGGAAUGGGGAAGGGAAUAAGGGUGCGGGUGUGGGCGCCGCAUGGCUUCUCAUGGAAUGGAUACCCGGGGAUGUGAUCCGGGUGGUUAUUCAGAAAUGGGAGGGGGUUUUGAACCGGACGCAGGGUGAAGAUGCAGAGGCGGGGGAAGAGAAGGAGGUUGGGGAUUUGCUUCGACGGGUUGGAGGGGCGGUGGGGGCGUUGCAUAAGGCGGGGGUUGUGCAUGGGGAUUUGACGACGAGUAAUUUGAUUCUCCGACCAAAGGGAGCCUCACUGGAGGAGAUAGGGGGGAAAGGGGAAGGGGAAGGGGGAAAGCCCAAUAUGGACGGUGAUAUCGUGUUGAUUGAUUUCGGACUCGCCAGUCAGAGUAUUCAGGAUGAGGAUCGGGCGGUGGAUUUGUAUGUUUUGGAACGGGCGUUUGGGAGUACGCAUCCCCGGACGGAACCGUUGUUUGGGGAGGUGUUGGAGGGAUAUCGUGGGAGUUAUCGCGGGGCGGGGUCGGUGUUGAAGAGGUUGGAGGAUGUGAGGAUGAGGGGGAGGAAGAGGAGUAUGCUUGGUUGA